AACAAAAACAGAAUUUGUGGCUGCAAUCUUAUUGAACCCCACUAGACUACCAUAGCCAAUCCCCUUCUUCUCUGCUUUCUCUGUAAAAGGGUCCUUUUUUCUUGGUCGACCUUUUUGAUUAGAUUACUUCAGGCAAAUCAAGAUUCCCCAGAAAACAUUAGUUCUUCUAUAGUUCAUGGGCUAGAAUCUUAAUUGGUGAAACUCAUAUAAGAAUUUACUCUCUAUAUUGGGAUUUCGUGACAUUCUUGGAAGAUGUCAGGGGGUAGAUGUAGUAUUGUUUGGUUCAGAAGGGACCUGAGAGUGGAAGAUAAUCCAGCAUUAGCUGCUGGAGUUAGGGCAGGGGCCAUAGUGGCAGUUUUUAUAUGGGCACCUGAGGAAGAAGGGGUCUAUUACCCUGGAAGGGUUUCAAGAUGGUGGCUUAAGCAGAGUUUGGCUCAUCUCGAUACCUCUUUAAGAACCCUAGGCACUUCUCUCGUAACAAAGAGAUCUAAUGAUAGUUUAUCUUCACUUGUUGAAGUUGUGAAAUCUACAGGAGCUAAUCAACUCUUGUUCAACCAUUUAUAUGACCCCAUAUCACUGGUUAGGGAUCACAGAGCAAAGGAAGUUUUAACAGCUCAAGGUGUUGAUGUCCGUUCCUUUAAUGCGGACUUGCUUUAUGAACCUUGGGAAGUUCGUGAUGGGGAAGGUCGUCCAUUCACAACCUUUACUUCAUUCUGGGACAGAUGCCUUAGCAUGUUGUAUGAUCCUGAGGCUCCACUUCUCCCACCUAAAAGAAUCAUCUCUGCUGAUGUAUCAAGAUGCCCUUCAGACAAUUUGGUAUUUGAAGAUGAAUCAGAGAAAGGAAGUAAUGCACUUCUCGCACGGGCAUGGUCGCCUGGCUGGAGUAAUGCUGACAAGGCCCUGACGGCCUUCAUCAAUGGACCACUAAUAGAGUACUCCAUGAAUCGUCGAAAGGCUGAUAGUGCUACAACCUCGUUUCUCUCCCCGCAUUUACAUUUCGGAGAAGUCAGCGUUCGAAAAGUUUUUCAUCACGUUCGCAUGAAGCAAGUUCUUUGGGCCAAUGAAGGAAACAAAUCAGGUGAAGAGAGUGUCAAUUUGUUCCUCAAGAGUAUAGGCCUUAGGGAAUAUUCAAGAUACAUGAGUUUCAAUCAUCCAUACAGCCAUGAAAGGCCUUUACUUGGUCACCUAAAGUAUUUUCCGUGGGUAGUGGAUGAGAGCUACUUUAAGGUAUGGAGACAAGGCAGAACUGGUUAUCCACUCGUGGAUGCUGGUAUGCGAGAGCUGUGGGCCACUGGCUGGUUACAUGAUCGGAUACGAGUCGUCGUCUCUAGUUUCUUUGUGAAGGUUCUUCUGCUUCCCUGGAGAUGGGGAAUGAAGUACUUCUGGGAUACCCUAUUAGAUGCCGAUCUUGAGAGUGAUGCCCUUGGUUGGCAGUAUAUAUCUGGCACUCUUCCCGAUGGUCGUGAAUUGGAUCGUAUUGAUAAUCCACAGUUUGAGGGUUACAAGUUCGACCCCAAUGGAGAGUACGUUCGGCGAUGGCUUCCUGAACUUGCUAGAUUGCCUACUGAAUGGAUACAUCAUCCAUGGAAUGCGCCAGAAUCCGUACUCCAAGCUGCUGGAAUUGAGCUUGGCUCCAAUUACCCUCUUCCCAUUGUGGAAAUCGAUGCAGCGAAAGCCAGGUUACAAGAAGCAUUGUCUCAGAUGUGGCAGCAUGAAGCAGCGUCAAGGUCUGCAAUUGAGAAUGGAAUGGAAGAGGGACUUGGAGACACCUCGGAGUCUGCCCCCCUCGGACUUCCCGAAGACACGCAAAUGGAGAUGGACCAUGAACCUGUCAGAAACAACCCUGUGAAUACAGUAAUUCGACGUUACGAGGAUCAGAUGGUCCCGAGUAUGACUUCUUCUUUGGUCAGGUUUGAUGAUGAAGAAACCUCUAUUGAUCGCAGAAAUUUAGCAGACGAUAGUCGAGCAGAAGUACCAAUCAAUGUUAAUGUUAAUGUAACUGAAGAGCCAAGAGAACCACAUGGGCAUCAUGUUAUGCAAACGGUUAGAACCAUCAAUACUUUCCCGCAAUUUAACUUUGCAAUGGGUCAGAGAGAUACUGAAGAUUCAACAGCAGAAUCAUCCAGUAGCAGAAGAGAAAGGGAUGGGGGUGUAGUUCCAGUUUGGUCUCCCUCGAGUUCUAAUUUCUCUGAUCAAUUCACUGGUGAGGACAAUGGUAUUGGAACUAGUUCCUCUUAUUUGCAAAGGCAUCCACAGUCUCACCAGCUAGUGAACUGGAGGCGGCUUUCUCAAACUGGAUAAUCCUUACAGGUGAUGAUAUACUGGACUGGAGGUUGAGUAACAAGACAAUGUCCAUAGCGGUCCGUGGGUUGAAACCAUCAUCCAUUGUUCAACAUUCAUCUCUUUCGUCACUGAUCUUAUGUGAUGAACAAUUCAUGAUGUCUAAAAUCUUUUAAAAUUGGAUCAGGUGUUUCACUCUCUGCUUGUUUAUUGCUGUAUCAUAUAUGUAGUUUUGCUGUACAGUAUAUAUUCUCACGAAUGCAGACAUGUCAAUGAAGGGACGUUCAGUCCUCUAAUAAAUGCAGGUCUGUUCCUUUAAUUUUUAUCAA